UAACCGAUUAGAUUUGUAGGGUGGAUCACAAUCAGUGCAAAGAGAUAGUCACAAUCAAUGUAAGGCACAAAUUUUCUCGCAGGUACACUCAGCUCUAGAAAAACAUGGGAUUUGAGUUUUAAAACGACCAACUUGCAGCUUUGGAACUUAUGUACACAGGAAACACAACUGGAUCAUCAUGACUGUAGACAACGAGACGAAGAACGGCUACCACCCGGUGCAGAACGGAGACAAUAUCACUGCUGGAGACAAGACUAAGGAACAGAUGAUGGUCUCUGAAGAAGAGGCAUAUCGAGAUGAUCAACUUAAGCAAGAAGAGAAGUGUUGCUGCGGCUUCAUGCAACGCCUGGCAUCCCCAUACCUUUUCGGCGUCUUAGUUUGCUCGCUGUACUUCAUACAGGCGGCUGCAUUUGCUUCAAAUGGAGGUGGUGUCUUGAGUACAAUCGAGAGACGUUUCCAGCUCAAGACAUCAGAGCUCGCACCGUUCCUUAUCGCCAAUGACAUAAUGAGCGUCAUCCUGGUCCUCUUCGUGACGUACUACGGUCACACCAGUCACCGACCUCGCCUCAUCGGUGGAGGAGGCUUUCUCGUCGGCGUAGGUCUCCUGCUCUGCACGCUGCCACAAUUCAUCUAUGAUACACCGCCGCAGUUCACUUCAAAACAAGUAGGAAUUGAAAACAAUACAACACCAUCCGCAGGCGGAGAGACCUAUCAGGUUUGUCAGAUAGCUGAUAAUCCAAUGGGAGGUGAAUCUCAUGAGGUAUGCACUGAAGAAGAGGAGAGGAACUCAGGCUCACUCAUGUGGCAGGUAUCCUGGAUCAUAAUUGGUCAGCUGUUAACUGGGAUAGGUACCAGUCCGAUCUCACCACUGUCUGUUACGUACAUGGACGAUAGCCUCAAGCGUACAUCAACAUCAGUUUAUGUAGCCUGCAUGUUCAUAUCUAGCUCUCUUGGCUCCCUUGCUGGCUUCACAAUCAGCGGGUUCUGUCUCUCCAUAAACGCCGAUUUCCUCAAGGGUACAGUGUUCACCACACCGGGUGAGCCCAACUGGCUUGGUGCAUGGUGGCUAACGUAUGCGAUAACAGGCGUGUUGACCAUAGCAGUCAGCAUUCCAAUCAUGAUGUUUCCUAAGAAGAUGCACCCCAAGAAGAAGGAGGCUGAUGGUGGACUGGAAAAGGAGGGCCAAGAACAGAAUGGUAUCGGGUCCCUCUACCGACUCAAUGCACACAGCGAAGGCAAGGGGAUAUGCGCAAGUUUAAAAGGUUUCUUGAGUGCCAUUCGUCGAUUGGUGACCAAUCUCACCUUCAUGUCACUCAUUCUCGGAGUCUGCGCAUUCCUGUUUUCCAUGAUGGGUGGCUUUGUGUUCAUGGCCAAAUACAUCGAGACACAGUUUUCCGUUUCAGCUGCCAUGGCCCCAAUGCUUUUUGGUAUUAUGAUGGCACCGGGCUCCCUGUUCGGCAACCUGAUUGGAGGCUUUGUGGUCAAGAAACUCAAACUGACCAAGAAGGGCAUGGCUCGAAUGGUGGUCGUACUCAAGCCAUUUUCUCUGGUGUUCAUCAUCAUGUUCUUCUUCAUAGGUUGUGAAAAUCGGGAUAUCGCCGGUAUAACUGUCAAUUAUCCAACGUCAAACAGGACAACCGUUGAUCUACCGAAUCUCAAUGCACAAUGCAACGCUGACUGCGCAUGCACAUCAGACUACACGCCCGUCUGUGGCUCAGACGGUGUGACGUAUGCGACGCCGUGUCACGCUGGUUGCCUAGCAAUGAUGAAAGAAGUGCUCGUCGGGGAAGUGGACACCAUGAACGUAACGAUGUAUACAAAUUGUAGCUGCAUCACUGGUGUUGAUAGCAAAGGGGUUUUCCAUCACACCGCGGUACCAGGCGAGUGCCCGAAGGAGUGCAACUCACUCGUUCCAUUUGUAGCUCUCUCCAUGGUCAGUGUUCUGCUUGGUACCAUAAUGGGCAAUCCAGGGUUCAUGCUCCAACUCAGGACUGUACACGAUGACGAUCGUUCAAUAGCUGUUGGAUUCACUUCACUGUUGCUACGCCUAUUCGGGUUUAUUCCAUCACCAAUUGUCUUCGGCUCAGCCAUUCAAACAGCAUGUAUCUUUCUCCAGUCGUCUUGUGGUAAGACCGGUAACUGCUUGGUCUACGACAUCGUGCAUUUCAGAUAUGCGCUCAUGGGCCUGACCUUCGGAUUUGAAUGUCUGGCUGCGGUGGCGUUCGUCGUGUGUUACUUCUCGAUCAAGGAAGAUAAGCAACCAGAAACAGAGGGUUUCCAACCAAUGCAAGAAGUCAAUGGAAGAGACGGAACUACAUUCUCUGACCAGGGGCAAGAUGAAGACAACGACCUUGAGCUUGAAUUCAAACAGUCAGGUGUAUAAAGGAGUCGCCGUCUGUGGGGCUUAGGUUGGCCUCUUGUGUCGAAGCCCUUAGUGUCUCUAGUUUUGAACACUAUUUUGAGAGAAAAGAGGAAAGAGACGUUAAUUUUAAAGGCAAUGGACACGUUUAAAGGAGUCGCUGUCUGUUUAGGUUGCCUCUUGUGUCGAAGCUAUCGGUGCCUCUAGUUUCGAUCAUUGUUAAUGGGAUAGAAAAGUUGAAAGAGAACAGUUUUUAAAAGCGCAUUAAAAUGUUGUGUGGAUGAAGUGAAAAGGGAAGAGUGGAGAAGAUCAGGGCCAAAUAUCGUAAAGCCCCUAUAUAAGCACUCAACUUUGUUUACUCAAUAUCAUUUAUAACAGAAACUGAAACAGGUUACCAGCCAAAAAAAAACCAUCCAGUUUACGUGCACCACUCAAUUUUUGCUCAGCAAAUUUGUCAAGCAGUAUUUUCUAUCAACAGCAUUUAUCGCUGUAACAAGUUCAAUUUUAUGCUUUUAAAAGCAAGGUAUAGGCUUUGGUUUCUGGAACAAUUCGAAUGUUUACAAUAAAACUGCCAAUUUAAUUUCAAAAGGACGGUGGUUGCGUUUUGUAGAUAAUGCCGAAAAUCCGGGGCAGUUUUGUCAAAUCACGUAUAAUAAUCCCCAAUUUGAAUACACAAUCUGGGACAAACGCAGAUUCAAACUCUAGGGCAUAAAAACCGAUAUACUGUUAUAUAUUAACCGCAUUACCUCGAAGUGAAUUGUUUCUCGAAAUGCUUUAUACUAUCGAAAGCUGCUGAUAGCCUUCUCACCAAAAGUUGUUAUUGCCAUGAGAGUGACCAUUAAACGUAUACCCACCCUUAUAGAGAGAAGAUUAUCUCAGGGAAUGUGACAAGUUUAAAAUGAAAAUGAGAUUGGUUUUGGAGAAAUGUCAUUUUCUUAUAUAACUAUCAACACGAUGACAAGACAUUUAUAUUGCCGUGCAAUUUCACAUCCGUUCGACAAUUAUAUACAUAUUUCUAAACGUGGAACUGUUUUAUCUCCAUAUCAAGACACUAUUUCUCGCACAUAAUAAGUUUAUAUUACUAUUUUUGUUUUAUCAUUAGUUUGAUGUAGUUGUCGGCUUAAAGGGAGUUUGUGCGUAAUAUUUUACAAUAGGGAGGUUUCGCACGCUAACGUAUACGCGUACGUUUAGCUAUCCGUAACCUACUUACAUUACAAGCAGGAUAUCAGUGUCGUCUGCAUGACGUCAUAAUGAUGACGUAUCCGUCGCAUUAACCGUAUCCGUUCGAAUGCGAAACAUCCCUCGCAAAUGUUCUUGACUACGAGAUAAACAAUUUUACAUAUAUUUUUUAUGAGUAACUGUUUUUGUUAUGUAACCAUGAAUAUAAUAAAGCAUUUAUUUUAUGUUACUUUA